GUCUGACUACACUGCCAAGUUAACGCAUCUCUUUGGCUUUUGUUUUUAACGGUCGUUGUUUGAACAGUUGGAAGGUUCCCGCGAUUCGGUCCGCGCGAGGAAACCGUUGGACAAGUGAGAGUCAGAGAAUCUUGAAAGGGUCCUGUCAGAGCUAGCUGCUAGUUGAUUUGGGGUAGAGCAAUGGCAGGACUGGAUUUUACAGACCAAGAUGUUCGAGAGCAGUUGGACUUGUUGGGCUAUCGCAACGUCCCAGAGCAUCAACUUCGAGAGUUCAGAAAAGAUCUGGAGGAACUGAUCAGGCAUGAACGUUCAAAGAGUCAAAGCUCCAGUAAAGCCAGUGAUACUGUGGAGUCAUAUGGUACUAUAACAUCAUCAAACUAUGUUUCACAGGUGAGAAAUGAUUCCUUACAUCAACACCUUGCAGCACCACAAAAUACAAUUCGACAUGAGUUCACCUCAGAAAAAGAGAAUCAGGUUGGUAUCGUUUUGUUUGCUGUGCCUUAAUAGAGAAAACAGUACAGAUACAGGAUGCAGCUCAAUGUUUAUAACAGAAUUUAGGCUGACUAUCUGAAUAUUAAAUUUAUAAGAAUAGGUUAAAAAA